CUCGGUGGAGAGCGAGGCGCGCCGCGUGCUCCGCCGACGCCGCUGGCAGCAGCAGCAGCAGCAGCAGCAGCGGCAGCGGCAGCGGCAGCGGGGCGGUCUCGGGAAGGCGGACCGGCGAUCGCGCAGUGCCCGCGCUCGGCUUGCCCGUCGUGCCUGGCAGCGCCCGUGUCCUCCUCAUUCGGGACGCACAGACCAUUUAAAACCCCCAGGGCGUGGGUCAGCCUCCCCUAGGACUUCAUGUCUGUGUAUUUCCCCAUUCACUGCCCUGACUGUCUGAGAUCGGCCGAGAUGACUGAGGUGAUGAUGAACGCCCCAUCCAUGGAGGAGAUUGGCCUCAGCCCCCGGAAGGAUGGUCUGUCUUAUCAGAUCUUUCCUGACCCAUCGGACUUCGACCGCUGCUGUAAACUGAAGGACCGCCUGCCUUCCAUAGUAGUGGAACCCACGGAGGGAGAGGUGGAAAGUGGAGAGCUCCGAUGGCCUCCUGAGGAGUUCUUGGUCCAGGAGAAUGAGCAAGACACCUGCGAAGAGACAGCGAAAGAAAACAAGGAGCAGUAAGAGUCCCUGCAAUCUCGCCUGGGUCAUACCAGCCAACAACUUGUACCUGAACUGUUUUUUUUCCCAUCUCGAUGGAAGAAGAGAGUGAGCCACAAGCUGAAAAUAUCAAACGAGGCUUCCGUUUUACACCUGCAAAUCACCCAGUUGGUUUUGAGUUCUUUUCUUUUCUUGACUUUUUUUUUUUAAGUCGUUGAGCAGCGGAGCCCUCUGGUAACUUGCAAAGCCUUGUGAGAAAGGAAGCUGCUGAGAAAGGGGUGUGGGGUGUGGGGAAGGGGUACAGCUUCUGAGAUCAGUAUCUGAGCUCCACUCCCCGGAAGGAAGCAGUAGUGUUUGCAGGAAGGGGUCGGAAGGGGAGGCAGUGGGGCUAAGAGGGAUGGGCAACUGAACAAGGAACUUUGUGUGUGGGGGGUAAUCAACAACAGGCAAAAGCCCAAAGUACGUGUUUUUAAGAAGCUAUCAAACGGAGUGCCACAGCCAGGAAGUGCUCAGUCAGCCUUCGCUCUGGCUGCAAGAGCACCAGACACCUGCGGCCUCAUCUCCAGCUUUGUCUUACCCAGAGCCAGCGUUUGCUUUUACUUCCGGUGGUGUGUUGGUCGGUGGUGGAAAGGAGGGGAAAGGGGCCGUGUGCAAAGCUGGCUGGCAGGGCACCCUGUCUUUCCCAUGGAUUUGUCCCCAUUGCCCCAGGUUCUCAGAGACCUCAGACACCUGGAAGUUGCUUUGCUUUGCUUUCUUUCUUUUUUAAAGCAGUACUUUUGAGCUUUUUGCCCCUGAUUUAUCCAUUCUGCUUCCCAGCACUUUGGGAGAGUAACGAGAACUCUUCCCACCAACCAUCGUUGAACUCCAAGGCCACUGCCUGAGCAGGCAGGUCCUUCCUUCCACUGUCCCCUUCCCCAAACUUGCUCUCAGAGUCCCAGGAAGCAGAGGGAUGGAGGAGCUGCUCCACUAGGUCUGCCCAUCCUCCUCUAGCCCUGACAGCCAGGCAGUGGUUUCCAGUCCUAUUCUGGCUCAAAGCCUACCUGACCAGCAGAAGGAGAAGCAGCAGCAGCAGCAGCAGUAGUACCACACCCCUAUGGGUUCUUGUGGGAACUGAGAAUACAGCAAGUUUGUUGGUGGGGAAGGGAGCUUCUGUGCAGGUCCUAAGGACUGGUGCAGUCAAGGCAGGACUGUACAGAGAUGCCAAGCCCCUGUGCUGCGGGUGUGGGUCAGUGUGAGACAAAAACCGUCACCGUGUGUCUGCUUCUCCUCUUCACUGUUCCUGGGCGUGGGUUGGAGGACAGCACGGGGCACACAGUGGUGUCCUUGUAGAAUGGUGGACCUCGUCCAUCCCCACCGCCCUCCCACCUGUUUCCAGCAAGGGCUGCAGUGGCGUGAGGAAGACACCUCUGGACUUAAGAGCCCCCAAACUUCUGGAGCAGCAGAUUGCAGAAAAGACUCUUCCAUUUCCAUUUCAGAGCGGGACUCUGUGGGCCCAGAAGCAUUCUUCGAGCCUUCCUUAGACUAUAUCCUGCCAGUUGUCCCCUGUCCACCCCCCCCCCCUCUACCCCCUCAGGUCUCUGAUAAGUCCAGGUUGACCCCCCCGGGCUUUGGACUUGUGUGUCUAGCUGUAUUUAAUACCUCAAGGUCAGUGUGGCUGUGGGCCAUGUCGGGGCAGGAGGGUGGAGGUGUGCUGUUCACCCAGUAGGCAGCCGGCUUUGGUUCUGGGAUCCCCGCCUCCUGCCUCUUCCCUCUGUCGUCUGCCAGUAAUGCACACACCAAUGGCAAUAACUUCUUCCAGGCUCCUCAAGGAAGCAGGAGAGGGCUGCAGCCGGCCAUGCAAGGAGAUCUGCUCACCCCAUUCUCCUUCCCUUGCAGCAUUUCUCAUCCCUUGCCUCCCGACAUGGGUGGGUGGGGGGGUCUUGCCUUUGAAAUCCCUGUGUUUUGGUGUCUCCCUCAUCCCUGACCCUGGAUUGUUUGUCCCAGUCUUGCUGUGUGACGGGAACGUGCUUGUAAACUGAGUAUCCAAUUGACUUUGUGUAUAUGUAUGUGUACGGGGUGGUUUCUUCUUUUUGCCGGUCACGUAAAUGGCUCUGUACAGCCGUUUGCAGUCUGAGCAGGCCAGGGGCUGACAGCUAAGGCCAGGCCCCUCAGUGGUUGAACCUGCUGUCGGGGACCCAGCUGCUCUCGGACAAGUGGCUGAGCUCCUGUCUGGCCUCCUCUUUUUUUUUUUUUCUCAGUAAUUUGUGUGUAUUUCUAAUUGAUUGUAUUGAAAAAAAAAUCCUAGUAUUUGAGUAACAUGCUUGUUGUCAGAUGAACCUCCUGUAACUUCUAUCUGUUCUUUUUUGAGGCUCAGGGAGAAACUAGCAUUUUUUUUUUCCAAACUACUUUUUGUCACUGUGACAGUUGUAAAUAAAGUUUGAAAAUGCUUUCCA